UUCGGAAGUCCAAAAUGAUUAGCUCAUUAAAACUCAGUCUCAUCCUAGUUCUGUCGCUGUCCACAAUGCAUGUGUUUUGGUGUUAUCCAGUUCCAUCUUCUAAGGUGUCUGGAAAAUCUGAUUACUUUCUCAUUCUGCUGAACAGCUGCCCAACCAGAUUGGACAGGAGCAAAGAACUAGAUUUUCUAAAGCCAAUUUUGGAGAAGAUGUUUGUGAAAAGGUCCUUUCGCAAUGGAGUUGGCACAGGGAUGAAAAAAACUUCCUUUCGAAGAGCAAAAUCAUGACUAAGUGCACAAAGGACUCCGGGAAUUAAUCU